UUAGGUAAGCCCAUAACACCAGUUCCCACAGCAAGGCAAUCCAAAGACCCACACCAGUCCUCCCAAAAGAUAGUUUCUCUCUCAGCAGGAUGGCAGACACUCCUGGCAAACUCGGCCAUUUCCCGGAAAAGAAAGCCUCACGGGCUGCUGAGGAGCGCGGCAAGUGGGAGACCAAAAAAGAGUUCAUCUUGAGUGUGGCUGGUGCUAUUAUUGGACUUGGUAAUGUGUGGAGAUUUCCAUAUCUUUGCUACAAAAAUGGUGGGGGCGCAUUCUUCAUCCCUUACUUCCUCUUCCUCAUCACCUGUGGCGUUCCUCUGUUUGUCCUGGAAACAUCACUGGGCCAGUACACCAGUCAGGGAGGAAUCAUGUGCUGGAGAAAGAUCUGCCCCUUGUUUGAAGGUAUGGGAUAUGCCAGCCAGAUUAUCAUUUUCUAUGGAAACAUCAGCUAUGUUGUGAUCUUAGCGUGGGCAUUCCUCUACUUCUUCUUCUCGUUCUCCGGAAAGCUGCCAUGGGCCAGCUGCAAUAACACAUGGAAUACAGAUCGUUGUGUGGAAUUAGACAACUAUAAUACCACUGCUAACUGGACCUCAUCUGUGAAUGCGUCAUCGUCAUCUGUUAUAGAGUUUUGGCAGCGACGGGUGUUAAACAUUUCCACGGGCAUAGAGGCAAUCGGAAACAUUCGCUGGGACCUUUCAUUGUGCCUUUUUCUGUCCUGGGUCAUCUGCUACUUCUGUGUAUGGAAGGGAGUGAGAUCCACAGGGAAGGCUACAUACUUCACUGCCACAUUCCCUUUUGUUUUAUUGGUGGUGCUGUUCUUCAGAGGAAUGACACUUCCUGGAGCAUUGCAUGGUAUCAAAUACUACCUAUACCCUAAUCCUUCACGACUCGCUGACCCACAGGUCUGGAUGGAUGCUGGUACACAAAUAUUUUAUUCCUAUGCCAUUUGCUUGGGGUACAUGACCACAUUUGGAAGCUACAACAAAUACAACAACAACUGUUACAGAGACUCCUUCUAUCUCUGCUUGCUGAACAGUGGGACCAGCAUAGUGUCUGGAUUUGCAAUUUUCUCCGUUCUGGGCUACAUGUCAACAAAACAGGGAGUUGAUAUUUCUGCAGUUGCUGAAUCAGGUCCUGGACUCGUCUUCAUUGUCUAUCCUCAAGCCGUAACUCUUCUGCCGUGGCCUCAGGUCUGGUCUGUGUGCUUCUUCUUCAUGAUCAUCUUAUUGGGAAUUGAUGGACAGUUUGCAGGGCUUGAAAGCAACAUGACAUCUUUAACAGAUCUUUACCCUUCCUACCUCCGAAAGGGAUACCGCAGGGAGCUUCUUCUGUUGCUGUUCUGUAUUGUUAGCUCUUUGUUUGGCUUGUUUUUGGUCACAGAGGCUGGUGCAUACAUUCUGCAGAUCUUUGAUCAUUAUGUUUGUAGCGGCCCAACUCUCCUUCUAAUGGCAAUCUUCCAGUCAGUGAUCAUCGGAUGGAUUUAUGGUGCUGGGCGCUUUAGUGACAACAUCGAAGACAUGAUUGGUUACAAACCUCUGCCACUGUUCAAAUACUGCUGGCUCUACAUCACCCCUCUUGUUUGCAGUGCAACUCUUGUAUUUUUGCUCCUGAGAUACACGCCAAUGAAGUUCAACAAUACGUAUGUGUAUCCCUGGUGGACUUACUGGAUUGGCUGGUUUCUGGCCAUGUCAUCGCUGUCCAUGAUCCCAAUUACCAUGAUCUUCAAGCUGGCUAAAGAAAAAGGCUCUCUCUGGCAGCGAUUUAAGAAAACCUCCAAGCCUGCAGAUGACCUUCCAGGAAUGGCGGAAUAGCCCUAGAAUAAGAGUGUGAAGACACGAUAAACAUAUAGAGACCACAAUACAUAACGCCCACACCUAACUAUAAAUACUUGCUGUCUUGCUCAGGCAUUUUGGAUAAAUGAGGCUUAAUUACAUUAACAUGCACAUUGGGAGUAGAGAAGGACCUGCAAAAAUGAAUCAAAAUAUGGCAGUAUAGCACCUUUCUGCAGAGCUGUGAGGGUAUGUUCACAAUGUAGUCGUAUUGCAGGAUGCAACUAUUGUAAACAAUAGAAAAAUAGCUUUCGUCUCAUUUGUUUGCAUUCAACUCUCCUUUUCCUGGAGGUAAAGUUUGAAUGUUGAGUUUACAGACUGUAGGAAUUAUAAAUUAGAGUAUACCAACAACUAAGUCUGUUUUUUUUUUUUUGUUUUUUUGUUUUAAAUAAACAACACAAAACCUAAAGACACAUUUGUAAGAAAAGUUAUUUUGUUAGCUGAGAGAGUGGGCCAUGAAAAACUUUCCAAAUCCUGCCUUUGCCAAACAGCUUUUGGAGGAGGCAGUGUGAUCGUUUUUCAUAUUUUUAUUUCUGCUUCUCAGCCAACAAAUAUAUUUUUAUUUCAAAUGAGUUAUUUAAAAAGAAAUAAACAAGCUGUAAAUGGGAUACAAUUUAGAAGAAUUGUUACAAGAACGAAAUAACUGACCAAACACAAAUUUUCUUAAUUUUGAGGAUAGUUUGUCUUGUGGAGGUUGUUUAGUUAAAAUAUGUGGCAUUUGUUAUUAUUUUAGAAAUGUUUCUUUUUAAAAUCAUUUAAUUUGUAUUUAGUAUUGAAUAUUUAAAGUAGAACUUAUUUAAAUAAAUAAUGAAAUGAAAUUAAAACACUUUCAAAGCAGAGGCUUGAGUUAAGCAAUGAUUCAACAAUUGUACAAGAGAAAUAGAGAACAAUUAAGCUUCAUAGCAACUCCAUCGUUGAGUGACCAACCUGAAUAAUAUACAUAAUUUAUUGUGAUUUUUUUAAAAUAGAGGACCUCAAAAGUUACAGCAUUCCUCUAAAACAUACAAAAACUUAUUUUAUUUACCUUUUACAAAAGGUU